AUGACUAGCAACUACAACUACGGCACCUACGGUACCAACCGCUACGGCUACGGCACCACUGGCACCACGGGCACCACGGGCUAUGGCACGACGGGCUAUGACACCACGGGCUAUGACAACACGGGCUAUGGCACCACGGGUUACGGGGCUACGGCACCACCGGACUACAACACAGACGGCACACGCCGCCACCAUCGCGAGCAGAUGGACGACACUGGUCGCUACUACCACCGCGACGUCGACAAGGACACCACGGGCUACGACAACACCAGCCGCGUGCACAAGGAGUACUCCAACCCCAACACGGGCACGUCCUACCACCGCGACACCACCUACGACCGGGGAGACACCUCCUCCACCUAUUGA